UCAGCGACCCCAUGAAGAGAGGCAUCUACGACAGGUUUGGAGAGGAGGGGCUGAAAGGUGGCAUCCCCUUGGAGCUUGGUGGAGACAACCCCUGGUCCCUGGGCUACGUCUUCCACAACAACCCUGACAAGGUCUUCAGGGAGUUCUUUGGUGGAGACAAUCCCUUUGCAGAGUUCUUGGCUGAGGAUGGCUCAGAGCUGAUCCUGCCCUUUGGGGGGCUGCGAGGACGAGGAGCUGUGAAGCAGGACCCCCCCAUCAUCAGGGACCUCUGCCUGGGCCUUGAAGACCUCUUCUAUGGCUGCACCAAGAAGAUUAAGAUCUCCCACAGGGUGAUGAAUGAAGAUGGUCAGACCAGCACCAUCCGAGAUAAGAUCCUGAGCAUCGAUGUGCAGCCAGGGUGGGGGCAGGGCACCAGGAUCACCUUUGAGAAGGAAGGGGAUCAGGGCCCAAACCUGAUCCCAGCUGACAUCACCUUCGUUGUGCAAGAGAAAGCCCACCCAAGGUUCAAGAGGGUCAAGGACAACCUCAUCUAUGUUGCCACCAUCCCCUUGGGGAAGGCGCUGGUUGGCUGCAGCGUGGAGGUGAGGACCCUGGAUGGGAGGUUGCUCAACAUCCCCAUCAACGACAUCGUGGACCCCAAGUACUGUAAAGUGGUGCCAGGGGAGGGGAUGCCACUGCUCCAGGACCCCCAGCGCAAGGGUGACCUCCUCAUCUACUUCAACAUCUGCUUUCCCAAGCAGCUCAGCCCUCAGAAGAAGAUGCUCCUGAAAAGUGCUCUCCUGCCCUAGGCCACCACCACCUCCCUGCUCUCCUCCCACCAAUAAAGCUCUUGAGGUGUCUUUGUGA